AUGCUGGGACUUGCUGAGUGGGUGUUUCUGGCUCAGUCCAUUGCUCAAUUCCUUCUGGGGCUGCUGGCGAAUGGUUUCAUUGGGCUGUUCAAUGGCCGUGGAUGGCUCAAGAGCAAGAGAAUCUCGUUGUAUGACUCGAUUGUCACCACCCUGGCCCUCUCCCGGAUGGUUCUGCUGUGGGUUCUCCUGUUUGAUGGGGUUUUGAUAUUAUUCUCUCCCAACGAACACGAGAGAGGGAUUGUCAUGAAGCUGAUCGAUCUCUUCUGGACAUUUACAAAUCAUCUGAGCAUCUGGCUCACCACCUGCCUGGGUGUCCUGUACUGCCUGAAGAUCUCCAGUUUCUCCCAUCCCACUUUCCUCUGGCUCAAGUGGAGGGUCUCCAGGGUGGUCAUGUGGGUGCUGCUGGGCGCCCUACUCUUGUCCUUGGGAAGUACUCUGUCUCUGAUCCGUGAAUUUAAGAACUACUCCAGUAUCACAGUGAAUAUGACAGGUGACCUGAGAGACAAUAUACACAACUACAAGCUGAUCCAUGUCCUUGGGACUCUGUGGUACCUCCCUCCCUUGGUGAUGACCCUGGCCUCCUACUGCCUGCUCCUCCUCUCCUUGGGGAGACACACCCGUCAGAUGCAGUACACUGGGGCUGGCUCCGGGGACUUUAGCACCGAAGCCCACAAGAGGGCCACCAGCAUCAUCCUCUCCUUCUUCUUCCUCUUCCUGCUCAACUUCCUCUCCUUUUCAAUCGCUUCAUCUAGUUAUUUCUUUCCAAAGGCCAAGCUGGCAGUGAUGGUUGGAGAGGCCAUCACAAUGCUGUAUGCCAUGGGCCACUCAUUUAUCCUCAUCCUGGGGAACCCCAAGAUGAGGCAGGCAUUUGUGAGGCUGCUACGGGGUGAAUCUGGGGGUUUGAAGCCUGGAUCCAUGGGACCCUUCUCUUCAUAG